AUGCAUUGGUAUUCAGCUAUUAUUUCAUUUGUUUAUUUGUUACUAGCAAUUAACGCAAACGUCGUUGAACGUUUUGAAGGCACACGAAUUUCAGUGGGCGUGAGAAAUCAUCAACAACAAGCAAAAACUGUCAACGAACCUCCAGUGCCAACUGAAAAUGUGAAAUUAGUCGAAGGCGAUAUUGCUGUACCAUCUACGUCUGAAAUGAGAAANGUUAUCACCCGCACAAUGCAUUGGUAUUCAGCUAUUAUUUCAUUUGUUUAUUUGUUACUAGCAAUUAACGCAAACGUCGUUGAACGUUUUGAAGGCACACGAAUUUCAGUGGGCGUGAGAAAUCAUCAACAACAAGCAAAAACUGUCAACGAACCUCCAGUGCCAACUGAAAAUGUGAAAUUAGUCGAAGGCGAUAUUGCUGUACCAUCUACGUCUGAAAUGAGAAAUAUGGUAUUAUCCGCACGUAAAUGGCCUGGUGGUGUUAUACCGAUUGAGUUUGAACCAGGUUGGUAUACGCAAGACGAGCAAAAUAAAAUUAUCAAUGCCAUGCUAAAAAUAAGUGAACAAACAAAUGAUUGCAUCAAAUUUGUUUGGCGUGAAAAUAAUCCAACAUGGUUACGAAUCUUUCCUGGCACUGGAUGUUGGUCAUAUUUUGGAAAAAUUUAUGAUAGAGGUGCUCAAGAUUUAUCAUUAAGGAAAGACUGGAAUUAUAAUUGUGUAGAUCAAGGAACAGUUAUUCAUGAAAUUGGACAUGCAUUAGGUCUUGCUCAUGAACAAACACGGCCGGAUCGUGAUAAUUAUAUUCAAAUUCAAUGGAACAAUAUUGAAGAUUCACAAAGGUUUAAUUUUGAUCGUUAUGCAGCAAGUGAAGUGAAUCUAUUCAACCAUGGUUAUGAUUAUGGUUCAGUAAUGCAUUACGCUCAAGAUGCUUUUUCCAAAAACGGCAAACCAACAAUGAUCCCUACUUAUCCGGGCUGGGAAUCAUGGGUUGCACAAAUGGGUCAUGCAUCCGAAUUAUCAGCCAAUGAUGUUGAUAAAAUCAAAAAGCAUUAUGGAUGUGCUUAG